AUGCAUCUCGUACCAAAAGAGGCUCUCAUCGCGAACAACUUGCAAGAGCUCAUCCGCGAUGGGAACCAUACCGUCGCCGACCUCAUGAGCCUGGGUGCCACCAUGUUGGGAAGACGUCACGUCCUCCCCGCUGUGUGUAGUACCCUCCAUGAGAUCCAAGUCGAGGGCACCUUUCCCUCAGGUACCUAUCUCGUGACAGUCCACAGUCCCAUCUCGACAGACGAUGGUGACCUGGCCCGCGCCUUGUACGGGAGCUUUCUCCCUAUUCCUAGCAACGAUCUCUUUGCCUUGCCCGAGGUGACAGUAUAUGAACCCAAGAAGCAACCCGGUGCUGUGGUUGUCGCCUCAAAACGAGUCACACUCAGCGAAGGCCGCAAUCGCAUCAGACUCAAGGUGACGAGUAGAGGUGACCGUCCCAUCCAAGUCGGCUCACAUUACCACUUCAUCGAGACGAAUCCCCAGCUUGAGUUUGACCGUGAAAAGUCGUAUGGCUACCGCCUGGACAUCCCAGCCGGCACCUCGGUGCGUUUCGAGCCCGGCGACGUCAAGACUGUGACACUCGUCGAGAUUGGAGGACACAAGGUCAUCCGCGGCGGCAACAGACUGGCAACAGGAGGCGUCGAGCUUUGGAGGGCAAAGGAGAUUGUCGAGAAGCUUCAGCUGGCCGGCUUCGCCCACGCCCCGGAGCCGGAGGCCAUCCUCAACUUCACCGAGCUGUACCAGAUGGAGCGCUCUGCCUAUGCGACCAUGUUCGGCCCCACGACGGACGACUUGGUGCGUCUCGGCAGCACCGAUCUUUGGAUCCGGGUUGAGAGGGACUUUACCGUGUACGGAGACGAGUGCAAGUUCGGCGGUGGUAAGACGCUGAGAGAAGGAAUGGGCCAAGCGACGGGCCGGCCGGAUUCGGAGUCAUUGGACAUGGUUGUGACCAACGCGCUCAUCGUCGACUGGUCCGGCAUUUACAAGGCGGACAUCGGUGUCAAGAACGGCAUGAUCUCCGCCAUCGGCAAGGCGGGCAACCCGGAUGUCAUGGACGGCGUGACGCCCGGCAUGAUCGUCGGCAGCUGUACGGACGUGGUGGCCGGCGAAGGCAAGAUCAUCACCGCCGGCGGCAUCGACACCCACAUCCAUUUCAUCUGCCCCCAGCAGGCAAACGAGGCCGUCGCGUCGGGUAUCACGACGAUGCUCGGCGGAGGCACCGGCCCCAGCGCCGGCACGAGCGCCACAACCUGCACGCCCGGCAAGAACUACAUGCGCGAGAUGCUCCAGGCCUGCGACUCGCUGCCGCUCAACAUCGGCAUCACCGGCAAGGGCAACGACUCCGCGCCCGAGGCCCUGCGCGACCAGGUCCUGGCCGGCGCCUGCGGCCUCAAGCUCCACGAGGACUGGGGCACCACGCCCGCGGCCAUCGACACCUGCCUCAGCGUCUGCGACGAGCUCGACAUCCAGUGCCUCAUCCACACCGACACCCUCAACGAGUCCGGCUUCGUCGAGUCCACCAUCAACGCCUUCGCCGGCCGCACCAUCCACACGUACCACACCGAGGGCGCCGGCGGCGGCCACGCCCCGGACAUCAUCUCCGUGGUGGAGCACCCCAACGUGCUGCCCUCAUCCACGAACCCGACGCGGCCUUACACUCGUAACACCCUAGACGAGCACCUCGACAUGCUCAUGGUCUGCCACCACCUGUCCAAGAACAUCCCCGAGGACGUCGCCUUCGCCGAGUCGCGCAUCCGCGCCGAGACCAUCGCCGCGGAGGACGUGCUCCACGACCUCGGCGCCAUCAGCAUGAUGUCCUCCGACUCCCAGGCCAUGGGCCGCUGCGGCGAGGUCGUCCUGCGCACCUGGAACACGGCGCACAAGAACAAGGUCCAGCGCGGGUUCCUGCCCGAGGACGAGGGCACCGGCGCCGACAACUUCCGCGUCAAGCGCUACGUGUCAAAGUACACCAUCAACCCGGCCGUCGCGCAGGGCUUCGGCCAUCUCGUCGGCAGCAUCGAGGUCGGCAAGCUCGCCGAUCUCGUCGUGUGGGACCCGGCGUGGUUCGGCACCAAGCCCACUCUCGUCAUCAAGAGCGGUCUCAUCGCGUCGGCGCAAAUGGGUGAUCCAAACGCCUCGAUCCCGACGGUGCAGCCCAUCAUCGCGCGGCCCAUGUUCGCGCCCCUGGUCCCGCCGUCGUCCGUCCUCUUCGUCUCCGCCGCGUCCAUCGAGUCGGGCGCCAUCGCCUCCUACGGCCUCAAGAAGCGCGUCGAGGCCGUCCGCAACUGCCGCAACGUCGGCAAGAAGGACAUGCGCUACAACGACAGCAUGCCCAAGAUGCGCGUCGACCCGGAGAGCUACGUCGUCGAGGCCGACGGCGAGGUCUGCCGCGCCGACCCGGCCGAGGAGCUGCCCUUGACGCAGGCCUUUUACGUGUACUAG